UUUAAUCGCUUUCACAGAAAUAAAGGAAAUAAUUUCAAUUUAACUCCAUUAAAGUUGGAACUUAAUGCGCUUUAUGGCAUUCUGAUCGCAAAUUGAAAACAAACAAAACUUUAAGGGGAGAAACAACAGCAGACAAAUAUUGAGCAAAUAAACGUUCUCCAAACAACAAUGACUGAUACAGAAGAAGAAUCAGCGAGUUCUGACAGUUGGCCAGUGAACGAAGAUUGGCUGAUUGAGAUGCUGAAGCAACAUCACGAUACGAAAAAUGAUAUAAAAAUUGCUGAUUUCUCUGCGAAGCAAGGUUGUAACGAUGGCGUGAGUAACUUAAGUGACAUUCUCGCCGUGUCGGUCACUUACAACAUCAGCAAUUCGUCAAUUGAACCAGCCUCAUUGGAAACUGCUAGCAACAGUGAAAAACUAGAAUUCAUUAUCAAACUCCUUCCACAUGACCCAUUCAGUCGUUACUUUGUAACCGAAGGCAAAUUUGAUUUGCGCGAAAUCAAAUUUUACACUCGAGUUUUGCCAGAUUUAUUGGAAUUUCAAAGUAAACACAUUCAAGCAGGCUGCGAGAAAUUGUCAAUUUGUGUACCAAAAUGUUUUUACACUCAUUAUUCGCCCGGAAAAUUGCCACCAAAUGGAAGCCCCGAACCACCUGAAUCAAUUCUCGUUCUUGAAGAUAUGAGAUCGUCAGGCUACAAGGGCGUGAAUUUCAUAAAUGGUUUGAAUUUGGAGCAAGCUGAAUACGCUAUCAAGGCCAUUGCUUCGGUUCAUGCGCUAUCGUUAGGCAUGAAGUUCAAGGAAAAGAUUGAUUUAAAUGAAAAAUAUCCCUUUUUAUUUCAAAUCAAUAAAGCAACAGAAAGUUAUCAACAAUUGCUUGAACAAGGCUUGCCACAACUUGCAAAAUUUCUUGUCAUGAAAGGAUGUUAUGAACGUGAAUUGCAAGUUCUUGAACAACUUCAACCAAAGACAAGAAAUCUUAUCGAGAGACUUUUACAUCCAACGGAGCCGAUGGGUUUGAUCACCCACACUGACUUCUGGUGCAAUAAUUUGCUGUUUAAAACUGAACUUGAUGACAGUUACAACGACAAUUGUUCAAUUCUUGAUUGGCAAAUGAUCACAUACAGCAGUCCAACUAAUGACAUUGCACUUCUUAUCACUUCAUCAUUACCGUCUCACAUCAGACGUCAACAUACGACAAAGUUACUUGACUUUUAUUACAAUUUACUCAAGACAAAUUGUCACAAGUUAUCGUUAGAUAUCGAAGUUGAUUUACUCUACAGCCGUAACAAAUUAGAAUGUGACUUUAGAAAAUCUCAACUUCUUUCAUUUCUUCUUUGCAUUGGAUCAAUUGAUGUAGCACUUGGUCAUCCAGAAACUGAACAACGACUUCUCGAUGUUCUUCAAGAUUAUUACGAGGACAGAAUUUUCUCAUUUGAUGAUGCAGAUUUAUUUGACUAAACUUUAUCUUUAAAAGAUUGUUGCACGAAUGGAUGAAUAAAAGGUAGAAAUGAAUCCUUUUUUGGAAGCUUUUGAUAAUAAAUUAUUUAGUAAGGUGGAAGGAAAUUGACAAAUGAAUCGAUUCUUACUUUAGAUUAAUUUA